UAUUAUUUGAAAAAAACUUUGAAGUUUAUGAGAAGUUUUUUACCAUAUGGUUGUUCACCAUUACAAAUUUUUUCAAAAGAAUUAUCUAGUGCUCAUUUUUUAUUUAAAUUAAUAAAUGAUUAUAAUCAUUUUGUUAAUCUUAUAUUUUAUAAUUUAUUAAAACAUGAAUCAUACUUGUGUAAAAAUUUCAAUUAUAAUAUCAUAUCUAAAUCUAAUUAUAUCAAAAUAUCUGGUGAGAAAAAAAAAAAUUCUCAAAAAGAUAAACAGACAGAAAUAUAUAAUAUAAAAAAGAAAGAAAAGAAAAAAAUUACUAAAGUAUUAAAUAAAUUUCAUUUUAUCAUAAAAAAAAAAUAUAUAUCAAAAUUUACAAAAAAAAAAAUUUCUUUUGAUGUUUUAUUAGUAACAAUAAUACUCUAUAAAGAUAUAUAUUCGUAUAUAUUCAAAGAAUUAAAUUGGAAUUUUUUUUCUAUUAAAACUGUACAAUAUUUAAGGAGGCUUUAUAACUUGUAUCUAAAAACAAAGGAAUUAUUAAAAAAAAGAAGAGCAAAACAUGUUUUAUCUGAUUUUGAAAAGGAUCUAAAUGAGAGAUGUGUUGUUAUAUAUAUAUUUAAUCAAAUAAUUCCUUAUAAUAAGAAAUACAAAUACAAAAAAGAUAAUAAAUUAAUUAAUAAUAAAAUUAAUAAUAAAAUUAAUAAUAAAAAUUAUGUAGAUAAAUUUCCUAAAAAAAAUUUUUUACAAAAAAUAGAUAAAUUAAUUUUAGACAAUUUAAAAAUAAUAUACCAUGAAAAAGGCAAAAAUAUAAAUGAAGAAUAUAAACAAAAAAAAGAAAAAGAAAAUGAAAUGAAAAUAGAUAUAAUAAAAAAAAAAAAAUUUCAAUUAAAAAAUUUCUUAAAUGUGAUUUAUAUUCAUCCAUUAUAUAUUAUAAAUCAAAAGGUUAUAUUUAAUUAUAUGAACACAUAUGAAGAAGAAGUUAAUUUUUUUUAUGAAAAAGAUAUUUUCUCCUUAUUAUUUUGUGAAUUAUUUUAUUUACUAUUUUUAUUUCCAUCUAUAACUAUACAAUUAUUUAAAGUAUUUUUAUUAAAUAGAGAAUUUUUUGAUAUUUUAUUAGAAUUAUUUUUAAUAAAUAAUAAUGAUAAUUUUUAUGAUAAAAAAUUAAAAGAAAAUGAAAAAACGAAAAUAACCAAAACAUUAAAAAAUGACGUUAUUAAUAGUAAUAUUAACAACAUAAAUAGAAGUAAUAAUAAUGAUAAUAAUAAAUUAUGUAUUGUUGAUAUCGAAAAAAUAAAAAGUAGUAAAAUAAUGAAUAACAAUUUUUAUGAAAUAUUAAAAUCAACUAAAAAGAGAGAAAAUUAUAUAAUAAAAAAAUCCUAUAUUAUAUUUUUAAAAGUUUAUAAUUGUGUAAUACAUAUUUAUAUUGAUGUAUUAUUAGAAAAAUUAAAAAGAAAUGAUAUAACUAAUUAUUACAAUUUUAUAUAUAUAUUGAAAUUUAAUAAUUUAUUCAUUAAUAAUAUUUUUUUGUUUUCAUUGUGUUCAACAACUAUAUUUAUGUAUGAAGAAGAAAAAAAUAAAAAUAAUAAUUUAAAAGAAAAAUAUGCAAUCAUAAAAAAUACUUCUUCAUAUUCUACAAAUUAUAAUAAUCUAGAAAAUAUUGUUUAUAAAGAAGAUAUUCAUUUAUUCCAAUUACUUAAAAGACAAUUUGAAAUAUGUAAUAAAAUAUUAAAUAAAAUAUAUAACUUUCUUAUAUUAUUAGUUUUUUAUUAUAAUAAUGAAAGUGAAAUUAUAUAUUUCAAUAGUUUUAACGAAAAUAAUUCAGUAAAUCAAGAAAAGUAUGAAAAAUUUAUAAUUGUACUAAAUGAUGUUGUUCUAUAUUUUCAUAUAAAUUAUAAAUUAAUAGAAAAUAUUUUCAAUUAUUAUUUUAACAAAAUAAAUAAAAAAAAUACUACAAAAAAUUAUUACAACAAUAAAUGUAUCAUAUAUGAAAUUUUUAUAUCUACAAAUACUUUUUACUGUCAUAAUAAUAAAAAUAUUUAUAAUAUUUUUCUUUAUUUGUUUAAUUAUAUUGAUGAUUUAUAUGUAAAAUCAAUAAUAAAAAAUGGUGUGUAUUCAAAUAUUCAACUAAAAAAAAAUGAAGACCUUUUGUUUUAUAUAAAUAACUCUAGGAUAAAAAACAUUCAUUUUUUAAACUAUUUAUUUAAUAUAUGUCAAGAACAGGUAGAUAAACAAAAUUUUCUUUAUUUAGAUAAAUUAUUAAAUAAUUUUAAAUGUCUUAAAAAUUUAAGUAUUUUAUACUGUUUAGAAAAUAAUGAAGAUGUAAAUAUAAAUCAAAAAUGUUUAUCUGAAUUAAAAUCUUGUAAGGAAAAUAUUUAUUUAUAUAAUUACAUAGAAGAUAUAAAAGUUAAACUAAAGAUUGCUUGUUUAAUUUACAAUUUUUUAAGAAAAAACAAAAAUAUAUCAAAAUAUAUAGAUAAUAAAUUAUCAAAAAGAGUUAUAUAUUUAAAAUUAAAGACUUAUUCUAAUGCUUUUAUUUUAAAUGAGUUAAAUUUAUUACAACAUUUAAAUUAUCAUUUCAUAGUUAAAUUAAAAAAUAAUAUUAAAAAUCCUCUAUAUAGAAAAGAAAUAAAUAUUAAUAAUAAUUUUAUCAUUUUUUAUUUGAUAAUUAAAAAUGUAUAUUUAUACUUAAUAAGAAAUAAAAGAAUGGAAAAUAUAAAAAAAUAUUAUAAAUUGAUAACAUAUAACGAAUGUAGGAUAAAAAUGUUGUUAUACAUAUUUAUAUUAUUAUUUAGAUGUAUAGGGUAUGGAAAUAUAAGAUCUAAAACGUUUAUAUAUCUAAUUGAAUUUUUGUAUUCAAAAUUAAAAGUUAUAAAAAAUGAAAAAUCUAUAUUUUUUUCAAAUAUAAAAACAUUAUUACUUCAAAUUAUUGAAGAUGUGCAUAUUCGUUUAUGUAUUUUUUUUGAAAAGUAUUGUAGACAAAAAAAAUUAUUAAAUAUUAAUGUUGAAUUCGAUGAAAAUGAAAAAUAUAAAAAAGAAUCACACACAAAAUACAUUAAAGAAUUACAUCAAAAAGAUAUAUAUAAUUUAAAAGAUAUCAAUCAUAAUAAAAUUGAAGAAAAUGAUAAUAAAAAUAGAAAAUUAAAUGAAAGAACAAGUAAAAAUAUAAAUGGAAAUUAUAUUAAAAAUUUAAAUGAAAAUAAAGGAUUCUUAAAAGAUGUUAAUACAAGAAGAUUUGAACAUUUUAGUAGGGUUUAUCUUUUUUCUAAAUUAAAUUUUUUAAAUUUAAUGAAAAAUGUAUUACAUAAAAAAAUAGAUGUUACACAUUUAUGUAAAUAUAAAAAAGGGUUAUUCUAUAAAAAAAAAAAAUUUUAUAUUUAUUGUCUUUUAGCAAAAUUUGUAAAGAAUUUCAAUAAGAAUAAUUUUUUUUGUUUUAGUGAAACUUUACAUUUUGAUAAUUUAAAAAAUAAUAAAAAUUUUGAAAAAUAUUUCUUUGAUUUGAUAUUUAGUGACCCACAAGAAUAUAUAUUUAAAAAUAUAGUUGAUAAAAAAAAAAAACAUCUCAAUAUUUUAAUAUACAAUAGAUAUAAGAACCAUUUUUCAAAAAAUUACAUUUAUAAUUUAAUAUUUUAUAUAAAUCUAAAUUCAUUAUUUAAAAAAAUGUAUAUGAAUAAUUCUAAUUUAUUCUACAAAAAAAAAGGAAACAGAAUUGAAUAUAACAAUAAAAUGUUAAUAAAUUUUUUAAAUUAUAUGGUUUUUUAUUAUAAAAAAUGCAAAAGGAAUGAAUUAAAUCGUUAUAUUUUCAUAAACAGCGAAAACGUAGAUUUUUUUUUACUGUAUGACUUUCUUAAUAUAUGUAUAUCAUAUUCGAAUAUGAUUGAAAAAGGAAUUACAUUAUUAAAAUUUAUAAAAAACAAAAUAUUAAAAAUAAUAACAAAGAUAGAAAUGAAGAGAAAGAGAAAAAGUAACACUUUUUUUAACUUCCUUAUGUAUUUUAUAAAUAGAUUACAUGUAUUAAUGAAUAUUAAAAAAGAUCAAAAAAAUAAUAAAGACCUAAAAAAUAAAGAUUAUUUUGAUACUACAAAAAAAAGUAACAAAAAAAAAAAUAAGAGUAUUUUAUUAAAUAGAUAUUUAUUAUUGAAGUCUAAUUCUUUAAAAGUUCAAACAAAAUUAAUUGAAAAAUAUUUUAUAGAUUUAUAUAAAAAAAAAGAUUUUCUAAAAGAUAUGUUUUUUUUUUUUAAUAAUUUAAAAAAAAAAAAUAAUAAAUAUUUAAAUAUUAGUUAUAGUGAUAUGAAUGCAGCUCUAGAGAAAUACUGUUUGUUGCUAUUAGAAAAUGAUGAACUUUUAUAUAUAAAUUAUUUAUUUUAUUUUUUCUUAUAUUCUAAUAUUUUAAUAAAUAAUAUAUACAAUUCAAUAACUGAUUAUAUUUCAUCAAUAGAUUUUUAUGAGCAUAUUUUUAUAAAAAAUAAGAAAAAUUUAAAGAUAACUUAUGAACAAAAAAUUAAUUAUAAUUUAUUUUAUUUAUUUAGUAUUGAUAUAUUUAUUAUAAUAAAAUAUUUAUUGUUUGUUUGUAAUUCAUAUAUAAAUGUAAGAAAACUUUGUUCUUUAUUUUUUAUUAAUUAUCAUAAAAUUAUUGUUGAAAAUGUUGAAACGCAUUUUUCUUUAAAAAAUAUGUUUUAUGAGGAAAAUACUGCCAAUUUAAAAAAUAAUUUUAUUCUUUCCUUUUUUACAACAAAUUCUAUUAAAGAAAUAAAGUAUAAAAUAGAUUUUAAAAGAAUUUAUGAAAAUAAAACGAUUAUUGAAAGACAUUUAACUAGUAAUUUCUUAUUUUUAUUGGAAGAUAAUAAUGUCUUAAUGAAGUUGAAAGAAAAAAUUUUAAAUAGAAGAAAAAAAAGAAAAAUAUGUAAUUUAAAUAUAUUGUAUGACUAUUAUAUUGAUUUUCUUAUUAACAGAUGUUGCAUAAAAUGUGAUAAUUGUUAUAAUGAAAAAAAUAAUACCAUUGAGAAGAGUAUCAAAAUUAGAAAUAAAGAUAAUAUAAUUUGCAGUAGAGAAGAUAUGAAAAAUACUUAUUCUUUUGAGGAAAAUAAAAAUAACAUAGAUAAAAACGACUAUAAAGAACACACAAAAGAUAUAGAAAAGAAAAAUAAAUUAAUGAACAUUUUUAUAUGCUUAGAAAAAUGUGAUUAUUAUUUUCCUUUUAUAUUUAAUACUUUAUAUUCCUUUUAUUUUUCAAAAAAAUACAACUAUUUGAAUAAAUUUAUAAAAGAAAGAUAUAAUUAUAUAAAUAAGGUUUUUAAAAUUUGCAAAAAUGAAAAAAAGGAGGAUGACAGCAUAUUAGAAAUAAACAACAAGUCUAUUAAAGAUGUGUAUUUCUUAAAAUAUUAUGAUUUAUUAAAUUUAAAUAAUUACACUAAAUGCAUCUUUUAUACUACUAUAUUUGAUAACCAACAUAAUAUUGACUGUUUAUACAUUUAUAAAAUUUUAAAAGAAGAAAAAAAUAACAAAAAUAUGAUUGCUAUUAUAGAAUCUAAACUAAAUAGUUUUUAUCUCACAUAUUUUAACAUUAAUAAAAAUAAAAUUUUUGUUGAUAAAUUAAAAACAAAUGAAUUAUACGAAUAUGCUUUAAAUAAUAACUUAGAAUUAUCAUCUCAAUUAAAAAUUAUUAUAAAUGUAAUUAUGAAAGACCAUAUAUUGAAUAAAUUAAGUUUUAGUCAAGUUGUCUUAUUAUUAGAAUCAUGCUACUCUAAAAAAGAAAAAUUUUUAAGAAAAAAAGAAAAUUCAAAAAUUUUCAAGAGUAAUAAUAUAAAUUAUGAUGAAGUAAACUGUGAGAAUUUUGAAGCACUACCUAACAAUUUUUUCAAUAACAUAAUAAAAUUAAACAUAUAUUGUGAAAUUUUUAAAUUAAUUAAAAAAAUUAGAAAAAAUCUAAAAGAAACUAAAAAAAAAUACUCAUGGAUAAAUUACUACAAAAUAAUUUUAAAAAAAAAAGAAAGUAAUGAUGAAGUUUUAAAUUUUAUUAUAAAAAAUAAGUUAUUUAAAUACUAUUUAUUUUAUUUAAAAUUUAAAAAUUGUAUAAAUAAUCCUAAAAAUUUAAUAAAAUGUAAUAGUAUAUAUCUUCUUUACUUAUGGAAUAAAAAUAAUUUCAACAAAAAAAAAAUUAUUAUGUUUUUAAAUAGUUUAAAAAAAUCUGAAAUUAGAAAAAUAUUAACUUAUAUUUAUUAUAAAAAUAGCGAUAAUAACAUUUAUUUAUUUUAUUAUUAUUUAUUACGUCACUUCAGAUAUUCUUAUAUAAAAAAAUUUUAUUUGUUUUCAUUAAUUUAUAAACAUUUAGGUUUUAAUAUUACUAAAAUGAAAUAUAAAAACAUAAUUUCUUUACUUUUGAAAUAUAAUAAAAUAGAUUUAAUAAAAUAUAUUCUAAAAUUCAAUUUAUUUCAUACUAGUAUAUUUACAUUUUAUUAUUAUGCUUUUUUAAACCUUCAUAUUGACAUAAAAAAAUAUAACAAUAAAUUUAAGGAAAAACGUAAUAAUGAAAAAAAUGAUAAAAUAUUAAUACCAUAUAAUUUAUCAAAAUGCAUAAUUUUUUUGCAAUUAAGUGUUCUUAUUAGAUCUGCAAAUUUUGAAUUUAUUUAUUCUACCUUUUUAUAUAUUUUACAGUCUAUAUAUGAUAAAAUUUGUGAAAAUAUAAAGAAAUGUGUAAAUUCAAAAGAUAGAGUUAGAUUAAAGCAAAGAUAUGAUAAAAUAAUAAAAAUUAGAAGAAUUGAUGAAUUAAAUAAAAAAACAAAAGAAGAUAUAGAAAAUUUAAAAAUUAAAAAAAAAUAUAGUCUAUUUAAUAAUUUUCAUAAAUAUUAUAUCAAAAAUAAAAAUAAAAACAUUUAUAUGAGUAAAUAUUGUAUUAUUAAUAACGAAAAUAAUGAAAACUUUAUAAAUGAAAAUGAAAAAAUUAAUAUUAAUAAUGAUAAUAACAUUAAUAUAAGUUACAAUAAUUAUAGUAAUAUAAAUGAUGUAAGUACUAAUAUACUAAUUUAUACAUUUUAUAAAAUUUGUUUUUUUUUUUUUGAAAAUUAUAAAGAAUUAAGAAAUUCAAGCAAAUUAUUGUGUACAUUAUUACCAUUAUUAAUAUACAUUAGAAUUUCUUUAAAUUAUCAAAUAAAUAUCAAGUCAAUUGUUAAAUUAAAUAUAAAAAAGUUAAUAGAUUUUCUAAAAGUAAAAAAUUUUAAUAUAUGUAAUAAUUUAAUUCACAGAAUAUUUUCAUCUUAUUAUUAUAAUAUAAAUUCCUUUGGUGCUAUUAAUGAAUCUUCUUUAUUUUAUACUUUUUUUAAUAAAAAUAGAAAAUCUAAAAACUUUAAAGUUAUCAAAAAUAUAAUAACUUUACUUAGAUGUUGUAGUACAUUUACUAAAAGUAUACAUGGCAAUACACUUUUAAAAAAUUUAUCAAAAAUCAAUAAUUUUUAUAAAUAUACUUAUGAUAAUACAACAUAUAUUUAUAGGAGAUUGAUUGAUAUGAACAAAAUAAUAUAUGACCAAUUAAAAGAUGAUAAGGGAAAUAAUUGUUUAAAGAAUUUAUUUUUUGAAGAUAGUGAGUGGAUAUAUGUAAAAGAGGAGGGAAAUAUAGCAAAAAAUAAAGAAAAAUCUGUUGUUAAAAUGUAUAAAAAGUUCAAAAUAAUAAAUAAAGAAAAAAUAUUAAGUAGAAUUCAAAAUAUUCGCUUUAAUAUAAUAGUAUUUUAUUGUGAUCUUUUAAAUAAAAAUAAGCUGUCUUUAUAUGCUACACUUAAUUUGUUUUUUUCCUUUUUUUUCAAUUUUCAUUAUUGUAAUAAUAUUUAUAAAAAUUAUAAAAAUCUAUUCUCAUAUUUUAAUAAUUUUUAUAUAUUUCAAAAAAUGAGAAACUGUGAAAAAACAAAUAAUAUAAAUAUAAAAGAAAUAGAAAUAUUUAAAAAUAUAAGAAGAGAAAGUUGUUAUAAGGUGAAUUCCUAUUAUGAAACAUAUAACAAGAAUUUUUCAGAAAAUUGUAAUAAGACUUAUAAGAUAAUUAUCCAAACAAAAUGUUAUAAUUAUCACUCAUAUUUUAUUUUAAAAGAUAAUAUUCUUAACAAAAUUAGAAAAAAUAAUUUAUACUGUAAAAGAAAAAUCAAUUAUAUAAAUAAUUUUUUUAGUUGUAAUAAUUUAUUAAGCAUUCGUAAAUAUGUAAAUAGUGAUAAUUAUUUAUUUUAUGAACAAAUUGUAAAAAGUAGGUUAAAUAAUGAUUUAUAUGAAUAUCCAUCAAAUAUAUAUUCAGUUUUCUCUUCUAUUUUUAUCAAGAAGCAUAUCAUAAAUAACAUAACUUUUUCUUAUUUUUAUAACUAUUAUAAUAACAUUCAUUUUACAAAUUUUAAUGAAAAACUAGAAAAAAUAAAUACAUUUACACAGAAAAAAUUAUUUAUGUAUUUAAUAAAAUUAAUAAAAAAUCCAUAUGUAAUGAAAAAAAAAGAAAAAUAUGAGAAGAAAGAAUGUUUCCUUUUUUUUGAUAGUGUUAUAAACUCAGUCGAUGAAAAAAUAAAUAUAGUAACAAAAAAUAAUGCGAUCUGCGAAUUAAAAAAAAAAAAAAUUUGUCAAUAUGAAAAUGUAAAAAAUAAUUUAACAAAUUAUAGAAAAUACUUUAAUAAAAAAACCACUUUUAUUUAUUCUAAUUAUGUAAAACAAAAAAAAAUAAUUAAUAUUAUUGAUAUAUUUAAGAAAAAACUACAAAAAUUUCAGAACUAUAUAAUUCUACUACAUAAUAAUUCAUUAGAAAAAACAAUUUUUGAAUUUUAUACUUCUAUAGAAUUAAUAGAUUAUUAUGAAUAUUUUUUUUAUGAUGUCAAUAAUUAUUCUUAUCCUUUAUGUUACAAAUAUGCUAGUAACAAUCCAUAUAUUUUGUUAGAAUAUUUAAAAAAAAAUGUUAAUGAAAUAUAUGACAACAUAACUUAUUUGAAGAAUAAAAAAAUAAUUAACAAAAAAAAUAUAAGUAAAACUCAAAAAUUUUUUUUCUUAAUAUCACUAUUAUUACCACAUUCUACUAAAUGUGUUAAAAUGAGAAAUUAUAAAAACUCAUCAGUUGAUAAAAACUACUUAAAUAUUUUAAAAAUAUAUUUCUCUUUGACUAAUUUAAUGAAUAUUUAUACCAAAUAUGAUUUACCUAAUAGAUGUUUCAAAUUAAUUAUUCAAAAUAAUGUUGGAUCUUUUUAUUUAACAUAUAUAAUUAAAAGGGCAUAUAAAUACAAUUAUAUUUAUAAAAUAUUUCAGAAAAUACAUAAUUUAAAAAAUUAUAAUCUUCAACAUGACAUGAAACUCUAUUUACUCAAAAAAAAAAUGUAUACUUUACUUUCUAAUUAUCUGAUUUUUUCUAAUGAUUACUUAAAUGCAGCUAUCAUAUGUGUAUAUAAUUACUCUAUUUCUCAAAAUAUAGAUAUGAAAUAUGGAUAUUUAAAUAAUGCCUUAAUAAAUUUUACUCUGAUUAUUAAAAAUUUAGAAAUUUCAAAUAAAAAAAUUAAAAAUAAUUCUAAAACUAGUGUUGUAAAGAUUUUUUAUGAUAACUUUAUAUUUCAUAAAAAUAAAAAAAAUAAAAGUAAGAAUAAAAGAUUGUAUUAUUUGAGUAACUUUAACACCUUAUUUGAAGAGAUGCAUAAAAAUAAAAGUCAAUUUACUUCUAUUGAAACCAUAUUAAGGUGUAUAGAUUUAAUAACGUUACAACAGAAUUUAUUAAAUAUAAACUUAGAUAGUUCUAUUAAUAUAAUUAAUUGUAAAAAAAUAGAUAUAAAUUUUUGUAUUAAUGUAUUAAUUUAUAAAAGAAUUUACAAUUUGGCAGAUAAUGUAAUAAAUUUUUUCAAAUGGAAUUAUAUUUUUACUUAUUGUUUGUCAUCUGUCUUUUGUCUUUUUAUAAAUAAGAAUUUAAAUUUUCUUCAUGAUAUUAUAUUUUAUAUUAAAAUAAAAUUAAAUAAUUACGAUAUUAACAUUUUCAUCUUGCACGUAGUUUAUCUAUAUUUAGAAUGUAGAAGCAAAUUAAAAUAUAUAUAUGAACACAUUGAAGAAAUAUAUAAUAAGAAAAAAUGUUUUUGUAUAAAAAAGGAAGAUGUUAAUAUACCAAAACAUAACAUAAAAGAAAAAAUGGUUGAUGAAGAGAAAAAUAAAUUAAAAGAUGACAUUUGUAAAAUAAGGGAUAACUUAAAAGUAGAAAAUGAUAUUGAAUUUAAUCUAGAUAGUGUUAAUAAUAUAUUGACAUAUAUUAAUGAUAACGAUUUCUUAUUUUAUUCGCACACCUUAAUUUAUAUUCAUGAUAAAAGUGAAUAUAAAAAUUUAUUUAAGAAUAUGAAAAAUUUACUAUUUACUAAUUUAAAUAAAAAUGAUAUUUAUAAAACUAUAAUAUGUGCUUAUAAAUACAUAUAUAAAAAUAAAAAAAUAAAUUAUAAUUUUAUUUAUGAUAAUAAAUUCUAUUUUAAAAAAAUAAAGAGAAAUUGUUUUAGUGUUAAACUUUCUAAAAAUAUUUAUGAAGACUAUAACUUUUCUAAAGUAAUAUCAUUAGCUAAAAAAUAUCCUGAUAAUAUUAAAAAAAAUAUAAUAAAUGAUAUUAUAACAAUUUAUAAUUUAUCUUUUUCAAAAAAAAUAAAAUAA